AGGCCCCUCGUACUUAGUCUAUCAUCAUCCCAGUUAUCUUAGCCUUGUUAUUACUUACACCAACCAAAAUCGAGCCACAUUACCAAGGGUUCUACUACGCUCAGGCAUGGCAAAUAGACAUUAUUCGGCUUUGUCACAGCCCACCCUCUCGAUGAGCGAGCUGAUAUGCAAAACGCUCGAUCAUGAUGCCACAGACAUGUUAAUUGACAAGUGGCUUGAGCACCGCAAUGACGCGUACUGGGAAUGGUUUCAGGGUGUCAGGGAGCGAAAACACGCCGCCAACUCUCUUAGACGCCAAGUCCUCGUCUGGAAUAAAGGAGAUUUCCUUCCGGAAAACAUCUUCUGUCGUACAGUCGACACAGGCCGUCUGAUUCCUCUGGAUCGCACAUGGUCAACACACGUAUAUCACCACAGGUCAAUGCAAGACCGAAAACUAUCCAUGAUGCCUGUUGUAUUUACCAUGCUUCCUGAGCUGAUGAUGCUUAGAGGGAUGCAUGACCUUGGCUGCGACGAUGUGUAUAUCAUUGUCACAGACAUGAAGCGCCAAGAAAUGGACGAUGUGACAGAGUACUUUAAGCUCGUCUGUCGAUAUGCAUUCGGGCGCACGUGUAAACCAAGCAUGGAGAACGAGAUCCAGUACAACCAUAUGCGUCUGAACCAGACUCUCCUCAAACAACGACGCACACCAUGUUUCCCGCAGAUUGAUAUCGCUUUCCGAGCCAUUCUGUACGAGAAGCGACCGCCCUUCAUCAUCUUGUUCUCUCAUCAGACGACUUCCUAUUCUCAAAUUUUAUUCACGCAUCCGUUAUACGUCCCAUCAGAGGAAAUAUUCUUUGACUUUCCUAGUGGCUGUCCCAACCCAUGCUGUAACGACGACUGCGAGAUGAUACGAUUCCCUCGCCGUGGCGCCGAAGGUGCAGCAGUAUUGUCGAUAAAGCGUGGUGGUAGGAACGGGAGGAGGGUGAGAUCUCGGGAGAUGUGCAAUUGGAUCGACUGCAAUAUCUGCUUUAACGAGGAUACGCCGCAGUACGCCGAGAGCAGUGAAGGAUCGCAAAGCAGCGCAGACAGUGGGGAUACCCCGAUCAAUAACGGGCUUGUGUGUAGCAAAUGCCGGUUGGUGAAGUACUGUUCUCCCGAACACCAGAGAAAGGACUGGGAGGAGCACCGCCGAGUUUGCGCUAAGUCGACGUCUACCUGACAUAACUUAUUUUUUUCCUUGAUCCCAAGACAUUCUUCUUGUUGCACUACGGUGGUGGUCUACUGCAUUUUUACUGCACGGAGUUAUUAUCUUUCUCCGUCCGUCUUAUCAUAAUUAGGUUGAUAUGACGUCUCGAUUACUUAUCAUUUGGGCUCUGGACAAAUGCCAAGUUCCCACCCUU